AUGCGUCUGGGCGCCAUGAACGGGAAGAAAUGGACAGGCACUGGCCCUGAUUGGCAGGGGCUUCAUAUAGGGGCUGACAGGAAGGGCUGUUUGAAAGGUGAGAAAGAGGGGAGCAGAGACGGACUGACAGAGCAGCCAACAGAGAGGAGAAAAGAGAAAGGGAAAGACUUCUGGGAAAGUUAUAACAAGGUGUCUAUGAAGGAGGCAGGAGAUGGCCUCCAUGCUCAGAUGAACUCCAUGAUGGGGGCUCUUCAGGAACUCAAGCUUCUACAGGUGCAGACAGCGCUAGAGCAGCUAGACAUCUCAGGGAGGUCUGUCCAAAGGGCGGCCCCACCACCAGCAGAGGACACAUGCCCUGGCCCUAUCCCCAGCCCCAAUGCUACCAUUGGCUUUGGCCACAAUGAGACCCUGAGGCCCCCCCUGGUCAGGACAUCCAGCCAGGAGCAGCAGCAGAGCCGGGGGGGGCACCAGAGCAGCCUGGGCACCUCGCCCUCUUCCUCCAGCCUGGAGCCAGUAGAGACUGAGAGCCAGCCUCUCCCUCUCCCCCGCAGAGUGUCUGGAUACACCGCCCCACAGGGGGAGUACUGCGGCCCACGUCUUAGCCAAGUGUUUCCAGAGCAUCAUAAGCCGGCUCUCCCAGGCCAGGUAGUGGAUCUCCCUGGCAUUCUCUACAGCCUGUCCAGGGAAGGCCCCUCGCUGGACAGCGACUACUCCCAGGACAGCAUGGACGACUCCAGAGACUGGACCUCCUCGCUCAUGAGCCACAGCCGCAACCGGCAGCCGCUGGUGCUGGGGGACAACGUUUUCGCCGACCUGGUGGGCAACUGGCUGGACCUGCCUGAGCUGGAGAAGGAGGAGAUGAUUGGCUGGACCGACAGGCCCGACUCCCCGGCCCACCCUCUCCGUCUCAGCCGCUCCCAGGAGAUCUGCAGGAAGGUCUCUCUGACCACCAAUAUCUUCAAGAAGUUCCUGCGCAGUGUGAGGCCCGACAGGGACAAGCUACUUAAGGAGAGGCCAGGCUGGAUGGUCCCUGAGAACCAGAAGGCCGAGCUCUUUAAGAGGCCCAAGAAAGUGUCUAAGCAGCAGACCAAGGGGAGCUUGUACCUCCCAUUCUGGGCAGGUGUAAGGCAACAGGGUAAGGGACGGCCAUGUCCCCAGCUGGCUGAGGAGAGACAUCCCACGAGCCAGGGCCAGUUCUCUGGGCUUUACAUAGACAGGAGACAGGAGGCCAGAAUGGAGAAAAUGCUGCCCUUGUUUGACUACAACACGGCUGUGUGGGUCUAAUGCUGACGCUGCUCUAGGAUGCUGCGGUGGUGGCAGGUGUUGGGGAUUUGGCUGGGAGCUCUUGGGUGGAAACAAGGAGGUUUGUGUGUCUGUCUGUCUCCUUCUCCCAGAGAACAGGCAGACUGAGGGAUGAAUAUCCAGACUAUUUCCCAAUAGAGAGAUUAUCAGGGCAACUGUUUGUCUGACAAUCCUAAGACCUUUUUGUCUGUGACUGUGAGAGCAAGCAGGACUUUCUCUCAUAGAUGGGUUCACCAAAGUAAAUAAGAUUCUAAUGAGUGCAUAAGUGCCCUGGACUAUCCAAUAUACGGUACUUCAAUAUGGACAUAAUAAUGCUCUGAAUUUCUCUCCUUGUUACAGCGUCAUCAUGGUUUCAAACCUCAACCCUGUUUCAUAUGUUUGAAUUUGACUGUAUACCCAAGUGUAUCCCCACCCUCAUCUCGUACUUCUAUCAGUUGUGACACAUCCUGCAUGGGCACUACUAAAUAUUUCAUCUAUGACAUUGUGAAACAGUCACUGAACUGCCACUAAACACAACCACAGGUGCUUCUCUGCCUCGCUGCCCAGAGUCAGACGGCUGGAUGAAUACACACAGAGUGUAAUAUUGUUCCAUUAGCCUCACUCAGGGAUCGGGAUGUGGCCUGUGUGACCGACUGGGUUCAAACCUGGAUCUCCUGUACACCACAACACUGUUAGCCCGCUUAGGUAAAGCCUAGGUAUUAGCUUGGGGAGCUAACACAGGUCUUCAGGUCUCAGGCAAGGUUACUCAUCACAUGGUUCCUUGGUUCCGAACCACCUCUGUUACAUCUUCACCAUCCACCUACACACACAGGAUAGGGUUAAAGGUCCAGUGCAGUCAAAAACUAGAUUUACCUGUGCUUUAUAUAUAUAUCCACACUAUGAGGUUGUGAAAAUGAUUAUAAUGCCCUUUUAGUGUAAGAGCUGUUUUAAAAGACAUGCAGACAUGAUGGCACAUCGUGACUCUUCAGCCAAUCCUCCUGGAUKGUGUAUUAUACAUAGCAGAGAGAGGGAGAGAGAGAGAGAGAAAGAGCUGUSUACCAUCUGGUUGCCUACAGUUACAUAAGGACAAGCUAGCAGCACAGACAAGAGGUGCUGUCAUUCAGCGUAGGCUGUCGAGUGUUUUGAAACGAACCCUAAGCUGUGAUGCUGAAGUUACAUGUAUAUGUCCUAUGUACGUCAUGCCAGACAGGGCCUGGAGAGUUCAUGUAGAAAUCAGAGGACUGAGGAGGAGGAGAAUGUUUACACUGAAUCAUUCCACAUGUACAUGCAGUACUAAAUGUCAUGAUGUCAACAAAGUCGAUUAGCCGUUGUGUUCAGUUAUUUUAAAAAGGGACUUAAAGAGAUGGAGGUUGAACCCGGUAGAUAUGUGGUUAGACCAAGCACUCUUUAUGAAACUGUAUGAAGGUGUUGUGAAGAGAUUUGAGAGAGCAGCGUGAACAUUAGAAUGGUUUAGCAACAUUUGCCAUAAUUUCCCAGAGCUGAGCUCCACAUAUAAUUUCCUCAGGGAAAUCACUGUAAUUACGAAAACUAUUUAUCUUCUUUAGAAAACACACGGUAUGCAAGUACAAUCCUCAGCCCUCACUAGUAAUAAGAGUGGCCUGAGAAGUGAAACAUCACCCCAUCCACUAAUUCAACAGACAUGAUUAUGAAUGUUCCAAUGCAGCCAUUUUUGUCUCAAUAUCAAAUAAUUUCUGGGAAAUAAUUAAGUAACUUACUGUGAUUGUUUUCAAAUAAAAUUGUCAAAAAGAAACAAAAAUACCUUCUUAGCAUGAGCAAUUUCUCAAGCAAAAAUGUUGCUAGGACUGAGUGUGUCCCACCAAAACAGGCUGACAUCUCAGGCGGUCUAUUCAAACAACUCUUACACUAAAAGGGCUUUAUCAUAAUUUUCACAAUUUCACAGUAUUAUUCCAACCUCAUAGUGUGGAAAUAUA